ACAACAAUAGUAUGUCAGAUGUCAAGGGAACUUUCGCACUUCCAAGUAGUGCGAUUUAAUAUUAUAUCAAACGUACAUCCAUUUUAUGUCCAAUGUUGAGUAAUUUGGCAAAAAUAAAGUAGCACUGCAAUUUGUGUAACAUGCGAAUUAAAGAAAUAAGUCCGAAUUUUUAAAUGAUGUGUGUGAAUGAUUUUUCGCUUGCGCAGUACAACUUGGUGAAUUUCGAGUAUUUUGGUGAUUUACAUUUUGCUGCAUUUUAAUUUAUAUAAUGUGCUGUGAGAAAUAAAUAAAUUUUAUAUUUAGUAAUAUAACCGCGAAGAAACGAAAAACAUCAAACUGUGAAAUGCUUCUUGAUUCAUCCUAUUAUUGUUAUUCUCGCAAAAGUUACACUGCGCCAAACCUUGUCUUUUUUAAGGUUGGGAAAUAUGAUUAUUUUAUUAUGCGCGAAAAGAGAGAACUGUGAACAGAAAGAAUUUCUGUGAACUGCUAACAGCAUAAGUGACUUUCGAUUUUAUCGCAACAGACUAAUCGUCGGUCGUCACUGAUGCGGGCAGCGAAUUUUUGUCGGUACGUGAUACAAGACAUGUUAUCUUAUGCAUAGUUCCACGCUUUGUCAUCGCCUAUAUAUUACGACGUACUGUGUAAAGUAGCGUCGUCAGUCGUUGUGUGAACGUACGACAUAUUGUGUUGUAUUUCGUAGAAGAACGAUAAUUCUUACUUAUCUCGAUAAUGUGAUAAGAUGAAGUUUUAUAAAGUAGUAGUGACAGCUUAUUUGUAAAAUGAUUAAAUGUUUUCGAGAGUCAUCUUCAAUGAAAUAACUUCCGCAAAAUUUAUUAUGACAACAGUGAUAUUCCAUAUCUAAGGAAAAACAGAUAAAUGGAAUGAAAUUUUUAUAUAAUAACACAAAAAACUAUUGAAAUAGAUUGAGCAUUUCUACAUUUUCUUGUGUACAAGGUCAUGUAUAAGACAUUUAUACAAUAUAUGUUUGAAGUUGUAGCCAACAUAAGUGCACACUUCUAAUAAUUUAUUCAGAAGCUUCAUGUACUUUCAAUGACACACAGCUAUAUACACUAUUCAUAGAUUGGAUUCAUAGAUAGAAUACUGUGUUGAUUACUGAAAAACUUCUUUACAAAAGGCAAUAUAAAAAUGGCUUCUGGACUAAAAAUUUUUAUCUUAUUAUUGUAUAAGGAUUUAAUAGUACGCAUGAGACACUGGCGUAUGAUAUUAUUUUUACAAACAUUGGUACCUAUUGCAUUAUUUUCAUUAUUACAAGCUGUGAGAGAUUAUAAUACUCAAUCACCAGUUAGUGUAACAGAAAACACAUACUAUCCUAUACAAACAAAGGAUGAUUUAAUGAGUAUUGAUAAUUCCUUGAUCAAAUUAUAUUAUUUGCCAAAAAAUGACUAUACAAAUGAUAUUAUGGAAUCCACAAGAUAUUGUCUCGGACUCCUACCUGAAAAUAUGCGAGGUUUCUUAAAUGAGACUGAAAUGAUAGAUACUUAUACAUUAUCCCAAGCUCAAGAUCCACUAAUAUCUGCUCUGGCAGUUGUUUUUGAACAAUAUAAACAAGAUACUAUAAAAUACAAAAUUAGACAUUCUUGGAAGAUUCCAUCUAAUUUACACCAAACUAUAAUGGGUGAACAUUUGGGUGACACAGCUACUGUAUAUUUUGAUAUGAUCCCAUUUGUGCAGGUCCAAAUGUGUGUAGAUGAAGCUUUUAUAAAUGAAAAAGCACCAGAUUCCAUGUCAAAUAUAAAGAUGUCAAUACAAAGAAUGCCAUAUCCACCACAUAUUAAAAUAGACGCUAGUGAUACAAUAUUACGUGAUAUGAUUGCUACAUUUGCAGUUAUAACUUUUGUAAUUCCACUUUGUAUUGAAGCCAACUACGCAUCCCAGGAAAAGUUUAUUGGUGUAACUGUUUUGAUGGCAAUGAACGGAGUUAAACUAUUCUACAAUUUAUUAAGCUGGCUAACUACAGGGAUAUUAUUUAGUAAUUUAUAUAUAAUACCAACGAUCAUACUGUUUAAGAAUAGUUUUAAUAAAAUAGAUGUCCUAGCCUAUUUGCACUAUGGAAACGUAUUUAUAUUUUGGCUUCUAUUUACUGCAAAUAUUGCUCACCUUAUAUCUUUUGGUAUGCACAUUGCAGCAUAUUUUUCAAAACCACGUUUUGUGACAACUAUCUUAUCGAUUACCUAUAUAGCGGCAUUUGCACUUCACAGUAAUUUGUGGAGAGCAGAAAUUUUUGGAGUUAUACCAUAUUUUGGUAUAAUAUUCCCAAAUAUUCUGUUCUAUAGAUUGUUCGAGGAAUCAAAUAUAUAUGAGAGUAAACAAAUUGGCAUUCAGUGGGAGAACUUUUUUGUUCCCGGAAAUAUGGCCUAUGGUACUGUAGGAAGUAUAGGUUUUAUAUUACUCUUUUCAAUUUUGGGUAUUCUGAUACAUUUUACACUCGCGGUUUAUAUAAAUGCUGUACUCCCGGGUAAAUACGGAGUCCGGAAAGAACCAUUAUAUUUUUUGAAGAGUAUGAGAAAGAAUAAAAUAUCUCUCGAUGAGGUAGCUAGCGAAUUGGAUUAUGAUAAAAUAACCAACGAAAAUUUUGAGCCAGUAUCAAGUGGCACGCUUACACCUGGAAUACAAAUACGUAAUCUUAAAAAGACUUACACAACAUGCUGGCUACGAAAAUCUCAAGUCCACGCGUUAAAAGGGAUUUCUGUUGACUUUUAUAGAGGAGAAAUUACUGCCCUGCUGGGACACAAUGGGGCGGGCAAAACUACGCUUAUGUCUAUAUUAACAGGUGUGACCAGCCAAACAGAAGGAAACGUAUUUAUAAACGGCAAAAAUAUAGUAGAACAUUUAGAGACUAUUAGAAACAAUUUAGGACUAUGCCCCCAGGAAAACAUGGUUUUCCCAGAUUUAAAUGUAUUUGAGCAAAUAGAAUUUAUCGGCAUGUUAAAAGCUGAGAACAAGACCAGGCAGCAAAUCAAGAAGGAUGUAGAUAUUUUGCUUGCUAAACUGAAGCUUUCUGAAAAGAGGGAUUUUCUCCCUAGCAAACUUUCCGGUGGUCAACAGAGAAGAUUAUGUCUUGGGAUGGCACUCAUUGGCGACGCUAGCAUCAUCAUUUUGGAUGAACCAACAUCAGGAAUGGAUCCUGAAACCAGAAGAGAUACAUGGGAUAUAAUAUUGAAAUUUAGAGGAGAAAAAACAAUAUUGAUUAGCACGCAUAAUAUGGAAGAGGCUGACAUACUUGGCGAUAGAAUUGCGAUAGUGCAUUCAGGUCGCCUUAAGAGUUAUGGCACAGCGAUGUUUCUGAAAAAACAGUACGGUCAUGGGCAUGUGGAAAUUACUUUAUCGGUCAAGUCCUGGUGUGAACCAGAAAAAAUCAUGAAUAAAUUUGACUCGAGAACGCAACAACUCAGUAUUGACAGCGAGAAGAUUGUUUUGAAUGUACCAUAUAAUGAUUCUUUACCACAAUCGCUAGAUAGCGUAGAAAGUGAAAAAAAUAAAUUGGGAAUUACUGGGAUAAGUGUAUCAUUGAUUACUCUGGAACAAGUAUUUCUAAAGAUCGCAAAAGAAGAUAAUGGAAAGCAUCUUAAUGAGUUAUUUACAGCGCCAUUAGAUAAAAUUAAAGGCAAUGAGCUAUACAUACAAUCAAUAUUAGCGUUACUUUCCAAAAAAUUCACAUAUACGAAGAAAAAUUUAAGCAACUUAUUGAUGAUCCUGAUCCUUCCUAUCUUGUCGGUAUUUUUAAUAGCUUUAAGUCACAAUUUACCGGAUGAUCGCACGGACGUUGUUCCGUUGAAACUUGACAUGUACAGGUAUCCUAGAGCUAUAUAUUCUUUUGAGAAUGAAACAUUCGAUCAGAUAUAUAGAAACACUGUUGAAGAUUUUGGCGGAUCUGUAGACGUAGUUUCGGACACAUCUGUUACAAAUGCACUUCUAAAUUUCUCUUUGAAUAACAUCGCUCAGUAUCGUAACAACUUUAUCGUGUCUGCCGAAUUUAAUACCAGUGGAGAUGACAUGUUGGUAAACGGUUUUUAUUCUGGAACAGCACUCCACAGUGUGCCGUUGACAGUGAAUCUCUUGAGUAAUUCGUUGCUCAAGACUUUCGUUGGCGAUAAACACUCGAUUCAUGUGUCUAGGCAACAAUUACCGAACACACUAUCCUCGUCUAGCAUUGAAAUGCCAGAAGCAGAAUCAUUUUCGCGCACUUUGAUAUUUUGCGCAUUCUUCUUUCCUACCGUGGCGCUUUUCGUAGGGCAUCCUUUACAGGAAAAGUCGACGAAAGUUAAGCAACUUCAACGCAUGACGGGCGUUACGUCUGUAUCAUAUUGGGGAACAAUGUUCAUUUUCGAUCUUUUGAUACUUACGGUGUGCGUGUUGCUAAUUACUUUAACAUUUUACAUCAUGGACGUUAUUCUCGAUGUCCGUUUAUACUAUAGAAUAGAAAUAAUGUCCACGAUAUUGCUUCUAGAAUUGUUUGGUAUUAAUGCUUUGCUUAUAGCAUAUAUAUUUAGUUUUCUAAAUAAAUCAAGGAGCACGGUAAUAACCAUUUUGGGUCUUGCACCUCUUGGUUUUGUUAUAAUACAAUAUCUUCUACACGAAUUAGUGCAUAACUUUGACCAGCUUAAAGUAUUACAUAUUAUACUGAAAAGAAUUUUCCGACUAAUUCCUUACGUAAGCUUCUACCAUGGGCAACUGGCCUUUUUCAACAUAGCUGCACAAAAUGCAAGAUGUCGUCGCCUGCCAAAUAAACUUUACAAAAUGACUUGUUUUGUCCGAGAUCGUUGCUGUGGCUUGAAUUGUGCGGAUGGAACUUGCAAAAAUCAAAUGCCUUAUUUUAAGAACUUUGAAGACGACAUGAAUUUUGAAGAGUCCAUACUAUAUCUUGCUUUAACACCAAUUUUGUAUUUUACUAUAUUGCUAUUUUUAGAGGAGAAACUGUUCCCGUUGUUAAUCGCGAAGGCUACCAAAUCGCAAUUGAGGAAUGCAUGCGACACGAUGGAUGAUCAAGUGAAGAAAGAGAAACAUGUGGUAGCGUUAGAAAUCAAUAAAAUCAACAGCAGUAACACCAGCACCGAACUAGAAGACGCAAAAGCAGCUAUUGCCACUAGUGGAAAUAGUGAAACUUUGCGAAGUCCAUUUAAUGAGGGUAAUAGUCUCUUUUUGGUGUACGAAUUAAGCAAAUACUACGGAAAGUUAAUGGCUGUAAAGGAAGUUAGUUUUCGAGUGAAGCCACGAGAAUGUUUCGGACUGCUUGGCGUGAACGGUGCCGGGAAAAGUACGACUUUUAGAAUGUUAACUGGAGAAGAGAUGCCUAACAGCGGCAUAAUGUACUUAAAAAAUGCGGACUUCCACACAAACAGAAAACAGUAUAUGUCUGAGAUGGGUUAUUGUCCGCAAACCGACGCUUUAAUUCCUUCCUUGAACACUUUCGAUCAUCUAAGACUGUUUGCUCGUCUUCGCGGUAUACCAAAGUCAAACGUGGAAUUGGAAGUUAACAAAUGGAUCAACAGGCUAAAUUUGACUGCUUGCAUGUCGCAACCAAGCGAUACUUAUAGCGGCGGUAAUAAGAGACGCUUAAAUAUCGCGAUGGCUCUUAUCGGUAAUCCUACUCUCGUGCUUCUGGACGAACCCACAACCGGCGUCGAUCCUGCGGCCAGAAGAUCGCUGUGGAAUACUUUGCAGUCUUGUCAGGCAGCCGGACAAGCCAUUAUACUUACGUCUCACAGUAUGGAGGAAUGCGAGGCACUUUGCAAUCGACUAGUUAUCAUGGUGAAGGGACAAUUGGUUUGCAUUGGCGCGUGUCAGGAACUGAAACAACGAUUUGGAGCAGGAUACAAUAUUCAUAUAAAACUGAAUCCGGGCCGUUCAGAUGAGGAAGCCGAAAGUAUUAAGAAUAUUAUUGAGUCUACUUUAACGUGCGAUAUCACAGAUGAAAAUUUGAGUUUACUCGCCUAUCACGUAACCGAUUGCGACACAACGUGGGAAAAAAUGUACAGUACAAUGAAUGAUGUGAAGCAAAGUUACAAUUGUAUCGAGGAUUAUGCAGUUUUGUCGGCGACCUUAGAACAGCUAUUUAUACAAUUUGCGAGAGGAGUUGAACAGCUGCAGCCUACAGAAUCGUCAAAUCAAGUUGCUAGUCAUGAAGAAACAGUAUAA